UUUGGGAUGCGGCGGGAAGGGGUCCCGGCCAGGCCUUGGACCGGGUCCGCACGAGCCUCUGUGCGCUAGGGUCCCCGUCCUUGCGCGGCCGCGGGCGUCCGUGCAGUCCCGCCCCGAAAGCAUGGGGCCGGGGCGGCGGGUCGCGGGCGCUGCGGGAGACGGCAUCCGCCAGGGCGUCUGCCCGCACGUGCGGUGCCCCCGCCGGCCGCGCGCAGCCCGGGAAGCCGGUCGGCCGGGGGGACGCGAGCCGUGGCGCCGAGCGGCGGCCGCAGCGUCUGCGAGGAAGCGGGGUGUCGUCCUUUUCUUUCAUAAACAGUUUUUUUUUGUUUUGAUACUAAAGCAGCCGAGCGCGGAGAGUAACAGCACCUUCGUGCACAUGUAGUGACGGGAAAGGGCAGCAGGUGGGACGAGUGUGUCGGGUUGGGCGACACGCCCCUGCCCGCCCGCCUCCGCCGCGCCGGGUUCGAGCCCCGGGGCAGCUGCCGUCGGGACGCGCUGUUCGGCGUCACGUGCUCCACUUCAUGGUUUCUUUGGCCGCAAAGUCGACCAUCAAGGACACGUCCGUUGCGAUCCCGUUUGCCGUGUCUGGGACGAGCUCGCUCUCGGAGCAUCUUGUGGAGGGACAAGCGCUCCAGCGGCCUUGACACGCUUGACCUGUGCCCACGGGGUUUCCAGCUUCGUGGGCUUCCCAGAUCCCCUGGAGCUACAAAAUUUUAUUCUCCCGAGGCCUAGUCGGGCCUAGUCCAGCUUAACUUGGGCCCAGUUCGAUCCAGGAUCCAGUCUGAUAACCACCGCAGUCCGCGGUAUGGAGUCUGGGCAGCGUGGGGGCAGGACGCCGGGACAGGACGUGGGGAGGGAUUGCAACCAAGGGGCAGCUGCAAAUCCGGGGCGCCAGGAGCUCAGGGCUGAGAGGCGCUCACCCAGGGCCCCUGGAAGCAGGGACAGAGAGAACCCGGAGUGCUUUCCGGGUACCACGCCUGUGUUUGUCCUGGUCCCAAGGCUGCUGGAGACGGUUCACAUCCCACCGCGGCCGCUGAACCUGUUAAGUUCCAGAAACUCAAGUGAAUAAACUUAAAGAUCACGUUGGACCCAUCAUGUUGGGUGAUGCGUGCGUGGGCAGCGUCCCUAUCGAGCCUAGCCAGGAGCCUUGCUGAGCUGUCGGAAAGGAGGCUUCUAGUGCGGGGAAGGCUGGAGAAGGACAGCCAUCGACUGUGCGCUCCCUCGGGCAAGGCCGCCUUUCUCAGGGAGCAGAAGGGGUCUGUGGGCCCGACGACCACACUGGUGUGACCGGGACAUUCCCAGUCGAGUGUGAGAAGUUGAAUUCCUGGGGACGGAGACUGCAGUGAGAUCCGGUAUGAGGUCUCGGUGUGCUGCUACGGGGUUUAGCCCCGUGGCUGCACGCGGCUCCUGCUCUCUCUGUAACGACUCAGAUAUGUGCGGAAUGCCUGCCUCGGAUCCCGCCAGGGUACGAUAGGGAGACACGUUUUUCCCUUUCCCAGAGCUACACAUUAAUCAGUUCUAUGACUGCGUGUGUAUCUACAUACACGAUCUCUGAACAACAUGGGGGUUCGUGCGCCGCCCUCCCCUCCCCCCAUACGGUGGGAGAUCUGUGUGUAACAUUCGACCCCCAGAAACCUGACUGCUGAUAGCCUGCUGUGGAGGGGAGGCCUUCCCCGUAGCGUGAACAGUUGGCUGGCGCACUUCGUACGGUGUAUGUGCUGCGUCCUGUGUUCUUGCAACAGGAUCCGUGAGAGGAGCGGUGAGGAAGGUUGAUUCCUGCUCCGAACUGUGCUGACGGACUGCGUGUGAGUGGACCUGCUCAGCUCCCACCUGCGUUGCUGAGGGACAAGCAGAUCUGAGGAGUGAGCUGGGUCACAACAGGAGGACAGCGAACGGGGCCAGGCACAUGGGGCGGGGAUGUGGUGUAGGAUGAGCUCCAGCAGCUGUGCGGGGCCGCAGGUUUGGUCUUUAUCUUCAGAAAGACGGGCAGCUGUGGGCAGCAUGUAAUCGGGACAUUGCGUUCAUACCUCAGAGUUGAGUCAUUCCUUGAUGGUGGGUCCAGAAGGAGCUCCUUACGGACCUGAAUCCCCCGCAGGCUGCUUACGGACAAGUAACAAGGACUGGCCUGGGAACAGGUGCCUCAGAGAGAACUUCCUGUAACCCAGCAGCACCCUACGGGGACGGUGGAGCCCAGACAGUGAGGGUGGUGCCCCAGGUGCAGUGCGUAGUGCACGAAAACGCCCGGCUACAAACCUGGGAAACCUCCACCGGGCUUGGGAAUUGCCCCCGAGUAAAUGCUGGCGAUCAUGCUGCAGGUCUGGGAACACGAGGCGUCGGCGUCCCACGGCCCUGCGGACCUGCAGUCAUCACUCCCUGCCUCCUUCCCAGAGGCGUCUGAGUGCAGCCCCGCCGGCCGCCAGACCGCUGCUGAGCAGACACUGCUGUGCACAUGCUGUCGUGAAUAUACCCCUCUUUCCCCCGGGCUGCGGCACAUGGGCGUUGGGCUGUGCCGAUUUCGGGCUCCCGGACAGUGCUGCCUUGAGCAUCCUGGGGGACGUUCUGUGGUCUGCACUUCUUGCUGCGUGUGUUCGUGGUUCAGUGUGUCCUUGGCAGGGAAUUGCCCCUAGGUCCGUGCUGGUUCCAGCUUACCUGACCCCUCCCGCGGGGUUUGGAAGCUCGUCCGUACUCAGUGUUCUUUUCCUAGUCUUUUUGGUGUUAACCAUUCUGGCGCACGUGCGGUUUUCGCCUCUCAUUUCAGUUUGCAUUUCUCUGGCCGCUGAUACGGAAGAGCAUCUUCUCCGGGUAGUUGGCCGUUUGGAGAUCUUUCCUGAAGUGCCUUUUGCACAUUGUUCUGUUGGCGUCUCUGCCAUAAGGUCUGUGGGGAUUCUUUGUACGUUCUGGAUGUCUUUGUCAGCUUUCUGUGUUGUUCAUCGUUCCUGCUUUGUGGCCUUUUCAUUCCCCGAAUGCUGUCCCUGAGGAAUAUAAGUUUUGUGUUUGUGGAUUUGUGUACUAUGAUAUGAUAUAACCGUGGAUGUAUUUCAUUGAAGUUUCUGCGCUCCUUGAACAUCUAACUGGUAAUACAGACUUAGACAAACAUGGGUUUUUUUUCUUUUUCAGCAUCUGUUCCUUUUAUGGCAAUAGUACUUGCAUUUCCUUGAGAGGCCCGUGUUUUCCCUCUCCUGGCCAGACCCCAGGGGUCACAGUUCAUGACAUGUGGGGCUCACUUGUCAGCACGGUUUAUCCUUCUGAUCACAGGCCUCCCUCUCCUGAGUCUCCUCAUCCACGCGGGGAGCCGACAGCUGGUGACAGGAUGUGCGUGUGGCCAGCUUUGGAUCUUUAGUUUGGCUGAAGGGCAUCAUUACCGUUGUGUGACACGAGUUGACCUGAAGAAGAAGAGAGAGAGUUUCAGGAGGAUUGAGUCCAGGCUGUGCAGCCUGCCAGAAGACAGCGCGCAUCCCUGCGCAGACGGCUUGGAGCGGGGAGAGGAGGUCGAAGCAAGCCUCCCGGUCCUGAGUCUGGCGUCGUGUGAUCUGUCCGCCAUCCUCCCUGCCGGGUGUGGGGGUCUUUCUUCUGCGAAUGCCGUGUGCUUAUGGAUCGGAAGCUGUGGGCUGUUCUUACUUAGCUUGGCAAGCUUUGAACUGGAAGCCGCCUUACAUGACAAGGACUUCAGGAGCCUCAGCAUUCGGGUUACCGGGUCCUGCGCAGUGGAGAGCGGAGCGGGCGGUGACAAGGCCGUCUGCUCACUCACGUCCUUGUUUGGCCGUAAGACCGCCUUGCUGGAAAUCCACGUGGCCGCUCUGGUGACGUCGCAGCGGAGGCACGCCGCGGGAAGGGGUCUGUCCGCGCUGCCUCGGCACGUGCUUCCUGUGCGGGCUGCACGUGUGCCCCUGCAGCUGCUCCUAGAGUUCCCGUCUCUUUUGAUCUUAAGAGAGAAAAGUAAAGCUUGUGCCCACGUUCUGUCCACGUCCCCGCCGCGCUUCAGACCCGCUGAGGACAGGGUGCAGCUGGCUCCGCAGGCGCCGUCCGGCUCGGUUCGGUAUCAUUUGAGGAACGAGAAAAACACGUUCUUGUUUUCUUACGCUUUUAAUGCCCUUGAUGUAACCUUCGUUGCUGGUAGUGGCGGGUUUGGCGUCAAGUAUGAAGCCUCUGAAGUUUUAGGUCAUAGCCUCGUUCCGCUUGUGCACGCUUUCUGUUCUCCAGGCGCUCUGUUCUCGUCAUGUUCAACGGCUGCUACCUCUGGCGCAUGUCUUACAGCAGUGCGGAGCGCCGUUAAGGACCGGCCCCUGGUUUUGCACAGCAAAGUGAGGUCGUCUGGGUACGCGUCCACACUGCGCACGACUAUGUUCUUGCCAAAGACGAACACCCGGAGCAGGGGUGGCCGCUCUUCACCACGGAGCGACGGUCACAGGGGUAAGGAGUACCCUCUGGAGCUUUCUGUGCCAACCAGAGUCCAGAAGCAGCUUGUCCUCGCGCACGGGCCACCCGCUGCCGCCACCUGCGUCCAGUACUCAGCAGGAGAUGGACGGUGGCUCACCUGCGGCUUAGCCAAACACUUGGCACUGGUCCUCCGCGCUGAUCUCACUGGGACGCCUACUGUUCUUUCAGGUCAUGAUGGGCCGGUGAGCACCGUGUGCUGGAGCCUGGACGGCAGGUGGCUGCUGUCUGCUUCCCGGGACGGGACGCUGCGGCUGUGGUCACUCCGCCGGGCAGAACACGUGUUGUGUGUGGGCAGGGACAUGUUUUCCAAGCCCGUUGGGUCCGCACAGUUUUACUACCUGGACACUUUCAUCUUGUCGUCUUCUGGCCCCGAGCUCCAGCUCCUCAGGCACCACAUCGACGACAGCAAGGACGAGAUCCGCAGAUACAGACAGAAGAGCUGGUGCAGACGUGUCUUCAGGCUCCGUACGACCGGUGCGACAGGGAUUACCAGUUUAUCAGCCGUAAACGACUUCUACUCCUAUCUGGUCCUUGCGGCUGGCAGGAACAGGAUUCUGGAGGUUUUCAACCUCAGUGCAGCUCGCAGUGCAGCCGUGAUAGUGGAAGCCCAUUCCCGGCCUGUCCACCAAAUCUGCCAGAAUAAGGGAUCGUGAUUCACGACUCAGCAGCCGCUGCUGUAUAACCUCUUUGCCACCACAGCCGCUGGGGACGGCGUGAAGCUGUGGGACCUGAGAACCCUGAGAUGCGAGCGCUGUUUUGAGGGACAUCCAAACCACGGAUACCCCUGUGGGAUUGCCUUCAGCCCGUGCGGACGCUACGUGGCUUCUGGUGUGGAGGACAGACACGUGUACAUAUAUGACGUGGGCUUGAGCACGUUUUCUCACAGACUGGCUGGACACAUGGACACCGUCACUGGCGUGGCCUUCAGCCCGUCAGUCCCACAGCCGGCCCUGUGGGACCCCCUCCAUGGAGUGGCAGCGGCCGUCCGUGGUCCAGAGCACCAUGUUUCUGUGAGUCUUGGGCAUUUGCCAGCCAUCGGGAAAACACUGGUUUCCACCAAAGCCCCCGACGCUGCGCUUCCAGACCUGCUCCGGAAGCGGCCGGCGCACCACGCUCCGUUGCCGGUGGUCAGCCGGGGCCGUCCAAGUGCGUUACAGGUGGAUGAGAAGGUGAGAAAAUCAAAGCCUUCCUAAGUGAAACCAAACUCAUUUUUCUUCUACUGUGAAAUAAAACAGCA